UUGUAGCAUCCAAAGAAAAUAGCAAUAUAUUUUAGGAAAAUUGGAGAUUUACACGAUUGAUUGGAACCGAAUAAAUAAAUUUAAACCAUAAAUUAACAAUCUUCUAUUGAUCAUGGAUAGUGAAACGUGGAAAAAACUAUUUUCCUCAAUGUAUCCAUGUACCCAUGCGCCCUUUCAAAUAUUCGCCUUGACAGCAAAACAAUGAUUUUAGCGGCAGCCUUCAAAAAGUGCAGAUCGUAGAAUACACCGAUCACACCCAAAAAUUCAAUCUGAUAUCAUUCGCGUUCCAGUGUCCCCCCGGGUCCUAGGUGUAAACGUGUCUUCCGUGCCGCAAAAAUGCAUUCCCAGCGUCAGCCAAAUUACACCGAAAUCUACGAAUUACUGCGAAAGUUGUGCAAAAAUUUGGCAGGCGAUCAGUACGGAUCCCUGCUGAAAGGUGUCACACAGUUGAUUGCCAGCACACCGAAUUCGAUUUCGGCCACCGCCAGCGAUGAAAGUUCGAUCGUGGCUCGGAUUGGACAGCACCUGACCGCUGGCGGACGAAGCCAGAGCGAUAGUGCCCUGUUCCGCGGAUUGCACGAACAGCUUAGCGCUUAUACCGACAGCAAACGACGGGCACAGAUUUUGGAGUUUUUACUGCUGCUGGCCGAUUCGGAUUGCGACGGACAACCGAACGGUAAAUUGUUGAACCUGAACGUAGAUCUGCGAAGUGAUAUGAGUAGCGGUAGUGUGCCGAGCAGAUUCGAGGUCAAUUCGCGCUCAUCGGGAACCGAAUUGGAGAAUAUUUUUACCCGGCUUGAUUUACGGACACGUUCGGCAGAUAGUGGUGGUAGCAGUGCGUUACGUGUAAUACCGUUCAAAAGUGGAUUGUCCUCAGUUGUGCCCGAUGGAAGAAACUCAACGGCAUCUGGGGAGCUGUCGGAAGAGGAGAUGCAGAUAGCAUCGAACAAUCUGCAGGAUCAGCUAAUACAGGAUGUAAUCUAUGCGUGCACUGGAAUUCAGGGCAAAUAUCUGCGGAAGCAUGUUGUUACGGGGGAGUUCAAACUAGACCAUAUCAAGGGACGAACGUUGAGUAUAGCGGAUGCGGGGAUGGUGUUACAAUUGGCCGAAGUUGGCCACUUCCACAAUAGGGUGCUUAAAUUUACUGACUCGAAAAGCGAUUGCUAUUUGAAGGGAAAUUUUGGACAGGGCUACAUUUCGGCCUUGCAGCGCGAACUGACCCAGUACUAUGGGAUGUUAGCCAUUUUACAGGAGAAUUUAAAUCGACAACGACGGGAAGGAAUGAGUUCGGCGGUAGUAGGUGAACGAUUGACAUUGAGGAAACUGCGUCUUUGGUUGGCUGGACCGAUGGAACGGCUCCAAUGGUUAGCACUGAUAUCGGACUCGUGUAAAGAGCUGAAGGGAGGUGCCCUGGCUACCGAAGUGUACGAUUAUACUUCAACUGGCCACCCGGAAAAUCGUAAAUGCGCACUGGAAUUACUGCGGGCAGCAUGUGUUCCAUUGCAGCAUGCUCUGAUCCGGUGGUUAAUCAACGGAGAGAUUGUCGAUCCGAAUUGCGAAUUUUUCAUCGAGGAAAUUUCCGAAGUAGCAUUCGAUCAGCUGUGGCAUCAGAAGUAUCGAAUCAGAAGAAGCAUGCUGCCCGAGUUUGUGACCGAUACCAUGGCCAAACGAAUUCUGGUGAUCGGUAAGAGUAUCAAUUUUCUUCGCGAGGUUUGUCAGGAUAAAACUCCCGUCAAGGCAAGAAACGAUCUCAAGCAGUGCUUGGAAAAUGAUUUGGAUUUAUUGUUCUCGCCUGUUAGCACCACAAAACUGCACCUGUUGAUAGACAGCGUCUAUCUGAACACCUCCAAGCAAGUACUGGACAUUGUCCUAGGACCGCAUCGACUAAUGGAUCAUUUACAGGCCCUACGAAACUAUCUGCUUCUCGGUCAGGGUCACUUUGCGGACUUGCUGAUGGAGAAUUUGCACAGCGAGUUGGAGCGGCCGGCUGUUGAAAUAUUUCAGCACGAUCUUUUCUCCAUUCUGGCAACGGCCGUUCGAAUAUCCUCUUCUGAAAAUGAAGAACCUGAAGUUCUCAAUUAUCUAGACGUCCAUUUCCUAUCGCACUACGAGGGUGAAUCCGGGUGGGACGUAUUCGCGCUAACCUACAAAGUCUGUGGUCCUUUGUCGACCAUCCUUGAACCGUCACUGUGCCGGUAUCAAACCUUCUUCAAGCAUCUGUGGAACAUAAAACACGUCGAAUUUAUGCUCUGUCGAACCUGGAAGCGACAGAUGCUGGAUGCCAAAUCUCUUCGACCUCUGCAGAAACAUAUCGGUUCAAUCAUUCUGCGACUUCAGCUUAUCACAUCGCAGAUGAUUAACUUUAUCAGCCAGAUGCAGUACUACAUUCUGUUUGAGGUGAUCGAAUGUUCCUGGGUUCAGUUUCUGCCCAGAGUCAAUCAAGCAAAGGCGCUCGAUGACAUCCUGGAUGCGCACCAUCAGUUUCUGGAGGAGGUUCGAGUCGGUAUCUUUCAGGAUGACAGUUCGAGACAGAUCGUCACUAUGCUGGAUCAAGUUUUUGACACGGUACGCAAACUUGAGGAGUGGCAGGAGCGAUUCUAUCGACUUUGCUUCACCGAACACGAAGCGAGAAAAGCUUUUCAGGAUCAUAUCAAAUCCAGCGAGCGGAAGGGUCAGUACGGGAUCACAACCGAGCAGAUGCUGGAACGGGACGAAGAGGCGAAAACAUUCGAACAGCAUUUAUCCACACAUCAGACGAUGCUGCAGGAGAUCGGCAACCAGUACGAGGAAUAUGUCGGUCGAUUUCUGUAUCAGCUGGCCAUUUCGACGACUGAAACGCUCCGUCAGCUGGGCAUGCGGUUGGAUUAUAACGAGUACUACAAACAUCGCGAUCGGAAAUUAAGCGUUCCGCUUACCUUCCAACAUAUGCGGAUGAGCAUGGCGGCCAACAGUUUUCGCUCGAAAAAAGCUGCCUCCAGUUCGAUGCUGUACUGACAGCAGCUGGAGGAGCAAAUGGAGGACCGUCGAAUGGUGCCGUCGGAGACGGGGGGAGUGCAUGCAUGGAAGGUACUCACUUUCAAUACUCGAGCUCUGAGCUACUACAAUUGCUGCGAAUUAAUGUGAAUUAAUGGACCAGCAAAGGUGUGUGGCUUUUAAGAAAAAUGUUGCCAAUUUUGUUUCGAAAAGCUUAAAAAUAAUGAAAAUUUGUAGCGAGAAAGAGAGCAAUAACGUAGUUUUGUUACACUGUUAAAAUAUAAUAAACGUUUAUAAACUAAUUGCAUGUCAAUUCUGAU